AUGUCCUCAGUUGAUGUUGCCUUCCUGAACCAGGAGUACCUGUGGGAGAACACACAACAUAAGACCACUGGGAAGUGUGAAAAACAUUGAUAACAAUCCUAACAUUGUCAUUGUAUUGUAAAUUCAGUCAUUUAGAGAGAAAAAUAUAUAUAUGUCAAUGUUCUUCCAGACAAUUCCAUUGGCAACCAUGUUUGGCUUUGUGGACUGUUACAUAGAUCCUCACAUCUGGCGGUUGAUCUGUCAGGAAAACUGGCCUUGUCGUGCGAAGGUCUCAAAUUAUGUAGUUUCACAAUGACACAAAACCUUUGUAUGUUUUCACAAAAUAAAGCUACAACUACUACCUUGAUCUUGGAUUUCUAAGUGUUUUGUAUCGUAGGUAUUAUGAUGCAAGGAUUAUGAGGGAUUUCUUUUAUUUUGGGGAAGAGAAUUACAUAAUAACAGAAACAACCCUGAGCCAUUUUCUAACAUUGCGUGACGCUAGGAAUUGUGGAGAUCAUUGUGGAACCAAGUUGUUUAGUUUCGUUGAAGUCUUUAUUUAGCACCGACAUGAAGUAAUGGCAGGUGUGUUUCCUCUAUAAAGAGACAAAUAACACAACCAACCACAGAGAUGUAUUACCUCAGGACUGAACUCUUACUUGAAGAUAUAUGUGUGUAACUCAAAAACCGGGUCACAUCAAAUCAUAGUUCUCUCAAUAAAAUAUGCUCACACUACAUCAGUUACGAAUGUUGAGGGUUAGUUAUCAAAAUCUGUGCAAAAUGAUAUGGUGAUGCACAGGUACAGAUGUAGGAUCUUUAAUUGUAUCAUUAUUGUUUUGGCUGAGGAAUUUUCCUGAGCCGCAGGAAAUGCAGUGAGCUUUGUGAUAUCAUACAUUCACUGAAAACCUGUACUAACACACAGUUAUAUUAACAGUAUUCCACUUUUCAUGUAGCCUCAUUUUGACCAGCUAAUAGCCUAACCACCAAUCAAGCAACAUUAUGGACUAAAUGUUCGAAUCCUUUUGCUGCAGGACUAUUUUGCUGUGAUUAUAUAGGUAAAAGAAAGAUCCUACACCUGUACUGUAUAGGAAUCUUGGCAAAAUGUCUAAUCUUUCUCCCUGUAGUGGUCUUCACCGGGGAUGCCAUCCAUGCACACAUUGACAGUUGCCAUGCCGAUACCAAAUCUUUCGCAGUAGACUACUGAGUCCAGCCUCCCACCCCACUUAUAGACCUACUGACCACCUGAUGAUCGAUCACUGGUGCCAUGGGAACAGCACGGGCCAACAGGUGAGGACACCAUGACAGGAAGCUGUCAUACCUGUGUCAUACCCAGUGGUGUAAAUUACUUAAGGAAAAAUAUUUUAAAGUACUUAAGUAGUUUUGGGAGGUAUCUGUACUUUACUUUACUAUUUAUAUUUCUGACUACUUUUACUUUUACUUCAUUACAUUCCUAAAGAAAAUAAUGUACUUUUUACUCCAUACAUUUUCCCUGACACCCAAAAGUACUCAUUACAUUUUGAAUGCUUAGCAGGACAAGAAAAUGGUCCAAUUCACACACUUACCAAGAGAACAUCCCUGGUCAUCCCUACUACCUCUGAUCUGGCGGACUCACUAAACACACAUGCUUUGUUUUAAAUGAUGUCUGAGUGUUGGAGUGUGCCCCUGGCUAUCCGUAAAUAAAAAAUACAAGAAAAUGGUGCCGUCUGGUUUAUACUGAUUUAUACUUUUACUUUUGAUACUUAAGUAUAUUUUAGCAAUUACAUUUACUUUUGAUACUUAAGUAUACUUAAAACCAAAUACCUUUAGACUUUUUAUCAAGUAGUAUUUUAUUGGGUGACUUUCACUUUUACUUGAGUAAUUUUCUAUUAAGGUAUCUUGACUUUUACUCAAGUAUGACAUUUGGGUACUUUUUCCACCACUGGUCAUUCCUUAUGUCCCCAAAGCUGACAAUGCUUCUCCUUAUUUGAGUUAUUACAGGGAAAUGGACAACCUUAGCUCGCCAAUGUACAUAACUUGAAUAUCAAAUGAAUGGAACCAAAAUAGUACAACCAUUAAAAAUGCAAUAAGUAUAUGGUUGAAUAUAGUUUCCUGAUCAAUGGAGCACUAUAAAUUGGUCAAUAUAAUGGCUGUAUGUCCCAGUCAACAUAGGCUGCCAAGAGACUUGGCUCAUGUAUAAUCCCUAAACCCAUGAUGACCGCAAUCCCUCUCACAAAGCUAAACACAACUCACCUUCCCAGGUUAUCCUUUCCAAAGGAGAGAGACAGGUCAGUCAAUAUUAAGAGGUUACCAGAGGUAGGUCAAAUGGUCUUGAGGAAAGUGAGAAAACAUAUUUUCAUGCUACCUUUGUAUUCAGGAAGGAUACACUUAUAGGACUGUAAUGCAUUUCUCAUUCACAGCAUAUCCUGUCUAAGUGCGGUCUUAAUGCAUGAGAGAAUGUGAGUCAUACAUUAUGUCUCUCUCACUGGGCAGAGUUGGCAAGCUAUGCAUAGUCACUGUGUCCUGUAGGGCACACUGGUAAGAACAGAUAGUCCAAUGAGAUUAUGGACACUGUAUUAAAACCUCAACUCUUCCUGUUCUACACCCUCUCUCAAACCACUCUCACAUCUCUUUCUUAUUUAUCCAUACUUUCCCCGUUUGUUAACCCAACAGGUACAGCUUCGCAGCAUCAGAUGAGGAGGGCCUGAAAAUCUCCACACUUGGGCUCCACAACGGCCACAGCUCGCCAAAUAGCCGGUUCCACUCCCCUAGUGGCACAUCCGGAGGAGAUAGGAUAUCAGGAGCCAUAGGUUAUAGAAUGAACAAUUACAAUGGAAAGAUCUCUACCACAGGAUCGAGCCAACUAAGAAGUCGCUUUGUCAAGAAAAAUGGGCAUUGCAAUGUCGUAUUCUCUAACAUGGAGGACAAAUCACAACGUUACCUGGCCGACAUCUUUACCACCUGUGUGGACAUUCGCUGGAGAUACUUACUACUCCUCUUCUGCUCAACAUUCCUGUCCUCCUGGAUGUUUUUUGGAAUAAUCUUCUAUGCAGCUUCCAGAGCCCAUGGGGAUUUUGACGAGCACCCUGGAAUGAGUUCCUCUUCAGGGUUGGAAGGGAAUGGGCUUGGGGUUGGUGAAGUUGAAGGGGUGCAGAAAAAGUGGCAGCCAUGCCUCCUUCAUGUGGAGGGCUUCGUCGGAGCCUUCCUAUUCUCCGUCGAGACCCAGACCACCAUUGGUUAUGGGUGGCGCUGUGUCACUGAGGAGUGCCCUGUGGCAGUGAUCACAGUGGUGGUCCAGUCCAUUGUGGGCUGCAUCAUUGACUCCUUCAUGCUUGGCACAAUCAUGGUAAAAAUGGCACGCCCUAAGAAGAGGAACCAGACCCUGCUGUUUUCUAAAAAUGCUGUGAUUUCCCUGCGCGAUGGCAAGCUGUGCCUCAUGUGGCGGGUGGGUAACCUGCGCAAGAGCCACAUCGUGGAGGCCCAUGUGCGGGCACAGCUCAUUCGACCCUACGUCACGGCAGAGGGAGAGUUUAUCCCUCUAGAGCAGAGGGAUCUUAACGUAGGCUACGACGAAGGCAUAGACAGACUCUUCCUGGUUUCUCCUCUGGUUAUCGUCCAUGAGAUCGAUGAGGACAGCCCCCUAUAUACUUUGAGCCGGGCUGAUCUGGAGUCGGAUGACUUUGAGAUCGUAGUGAUCUUGGAGGGUAUGGUGGAGGCCACCGCCAUGACCACCCAGGCCCGCAGCUCCUAUCUGGCCAAGGAGAUCCUAUGGGGGCAUAGAUUUGAGCCUGUGAUCUUUGAGGACCGAACCAAGUAUCAGGUGGACUAUGCUCGCUUCCACAAGACCUACGAGGUGCCCUCCACACCCCACUGCAGCGCCAAGGAGCUCAGUGAGACGGCCAGCCAGCCUGCCUCAUCCACCUCCUCCCACUCAGUAUUCACCCAGCACCUCGCAACCCCCCACUCCCCCAGCGCCUUCUGCUAUGAGAAUGAGGUAGCACUGAGCUGUGGAGAGGACGAGGAGGAACUGGAUAGGCAAAAGGGAAAAGACAGGGAGGAGGAAAGGAGGAAUUCAGAUUCUGUAGACUUUCAUAAUUUGUUUCAGGACACAGCCACAAUGACAUCCGGCAGCAACGUGCUGUGCGUUUUGGACAUGGACAAUCAGAUGGAUUUUGACAUUCUACAGACUACCAUUACUCGUGAUCCACUGACAUAUAAAAGUAAGUCAGGAAUCUGAGGCAAAGGGAUGGCACCCUCAGACCCUUCCCAAACCCUAUAUUCAUAUAGACCUACCUGUAGGUCUUGAAGAGAGGUCUUCCUUUUGUAUUUUGCACGUUUUGCUCUGGGUUUAGUACUAGAUCUGCACCCCUUUCGCCUUGCCAGCAUUAUGUUGUACUUUUACCUGAGCCCAUGUUUUUGUUUGUAGAGAGAACCAAAUGGGAGGCUAAGUAGUGGUCCUACUCUGCACACCUCACCCAUAUGUGUACCUCAGUUGGGCUGUGGGACGGUCACCUAGAGAGAUCAUUACACAUGAGAUUGUAUGAACGCGUUACUUUUAUAAUGGGGUAAUAGGGAAGGAACACCAAGAGAUGAAUGGACAGUUCCAUCAGAGAGCUGAGGAUGAGACAAAUAAUGACUUGUUGAGACGUGUGUAAUGAAGGAUAAACAGACAUUUAACCAAAGGAGGACUUCUGCUUCAGAAACUGUAUCAGAAGGAAAUAUGCAGGGAAGAUACCCAGAAAAUCUGAGUGACAUUCAAGUAGGUAGGUAUGAUGUUUAUUUACAUAGUCUUAUUACAUAGUUUGUUUAAUUUGGACAUGAUACAUGAUAUUUUGAUGUAUUAUCAACCAAAACAUAAAAUGAAUGGUGUUAUGAAAUAAAUAUGUAAUAUGAAUCAUACAUGGGUUCAAAUACUAUAUCAACUCUCAAUUCAGGUGUGCAAUAUAAUAGACAGGAUCGUUUGCUGCUUUCUACUAUUUGCACUAUUUUUCCUCAGUCAACUUUUAAUCUGAGCCUCUUUGCUCCCUAAUUUACUACUGUACACACAUUGUUUUCAUAUUGUCUUUAGCAUAGAUCAAUGAAUAACUUAUUGGUUGUUACUGUGCGUAAUGACAACUAUACAAUGACCAAUGCAAUCAUUGAAUAAUCCUAGCUAAGGGAAUUCAGUUCUUCAUACACUGGAGAAAAAAACUAGGUGUUUUCAUUUCCAGAAUUAGGUGGCUUUUCUCAAA